AUGAUAUCUAUCUAUCUAUCUAUCUAUCUAUCUAUCUAUCUAUCUAUCUAUCUAUCUAUCUAUCUCAGCCUCCUUCUAUCUAUCUAUCCAUCUAUCUAUUUUAAAAUCUUUGAAAAAUCAAUAUUUUUUUUGCACUUAGGACGAAACGCGCUGGUUAAGAUAAGUUUUCCUUUUGUCUUUAAUCAUCUAUCUAUCUAUCUAUCUAUCUAUCUAUCUAUCUAUCUAUCUAUCUAUCUAUCAUUUUCGUUUCAGUUCAUAUCUAUUAGAAUUUGUUCAUAUAUCUUUUCUUUUUCUUUCUUUCUUUCUUUCUUUCUUUCUUUUUUUCUUUGGAAAGAAAAGAAAGCGAGAGAUUUUAAAAUAUCUCUUUUUCUUUCUUUCUUUCUUUCUUUCUUUCUUUCUUUGCUACUGAAUUUUAAACUUCGAAUAUUUUUUUCUCUCGCAAGUGCUCUGAUUUUUUUUUCUUUUUCCUCUUUUCUCAUUCAUUUGAUGCCAUUUUUUUCUUCCUCUUUCUUAAUAUCCUUCUCUUUCACUCUCUCAUAUUCUCCUUCGACUUAUUUCUCUUUAAACCCUUCUUUCCCGGGCUUUUAUUCUUCUUACUUUUCUCUUUCCAUUAAUGUCUCAUUUAAAACUACUUUUUUAAAAACCCACUCAGUAUAUUUUCACCAUUCCUCUUUCCUACAAGAUCUUAAGUUUAUCUAUCUAUCUAUCUAUCUAUCUAUCUAUCUAUCUAUCUAUCUAUCUAUCUAUCUAUCUAUCUAUCUGGGUCUGUUUCUACCUAUCUAUGUCGGUCUGUUUAUCUAUCUAUCUAUCUAUCUAUCUAUCUAUCUAUCUAUGUUUAUUCAUUAUGCUCAUACCUAUUCAAAUCUCUUCAUCUAUCUAUCUAUCUAUCUAUCUAUCUAUCUAUCUAUCUAUCUAUCUAUCUAUCUAUCUUGGUCCAUAUCUAUCUAUCUAUCUAUCUAUCUAUCUAUCUAUCUAUCUAUCUAUCUAUCUAUCUAUCUCAGUCUGUUCCUAUCUACCUCUUUACCUAUUUUUAGCCUUCCGGACCAUCUGUCACAGGACACCUUUCCCGUCGUACUGACCACUAACACGAUAAAACGCACCCAGAUACAGCGGCCCAACCAUUUCUCUCUCUCUCUCUCUCUCUCUCUCUCUUUACGUGUCCAACCAUUGCUUCUUUACAAAGCAUUUCCCGCCUCACAGCCGCCGACCACUAACACAAGAAAACACAUGCACAUUGUAGUCCAAUCAGUCCUUCUUUAUCUCUUUCUCUUUAUGCAUCAUAUCCUUUCAGAAAACGAGAGAUCACGGAUCACGGGCCUCCACAAUUUCAGGCUUUCUUUGUUCAUUAUGAGUCCUCAGAGUUUCAGUUCUUCUAUCUAUCUAUCUAUCUAUCUAUCUAUCUAUCUAUCUAUCUAUCUAUCUUACUCUUUCUCUCCAUUAUCUAUCUGCCUAUCUAUUUCUUUCUCGUCAUUAUCUAUCUAUCUAUCUAUCUAUCUAUCUAUCUAUCUAUCUAUCUAUCUAUCUAUCUAUCUAUCUUACUCUUUUCUCCAUUAUCUAUCUGCCUAUCUAUUUCUUUCUCGUCAUUAUCUAUCUAUCUAUCUAUCUAUCUAUCUAUCUAUCUAUCUAUCUAUCUCAGCGAAUGUGCAAGUCUGCUUACAUCUAUCUAUCUAUCUAUCUAUCUAUCUAUCUAUCUAUCUAUCUAUCUAUCUUGUUCCGUUCAUUAUCUAUCUAUCUAUCUAUCUAUCUAUCUAUCUAUCUAUCUAUCUAUCUAUCUAUCUAUCUAUCUUGUUCCGUUCAUUAUCUAUCUAUCUAUCUAUCUAUCUAUCUAUCUAUCUAUCUAUGUCUGUUCAUUAUCUAUCUGCCUAUCUAUCUGUUGCUAUCCAUCUAUAUCUUGAUAUAAUGAACAGACCGACAUAG